CGCACAGUGAAGCACUCUGGCUCAGCGCUUCUCAGAGGGGAGGAGAUAUAAACCACCUACAACUCAACAAUACAAACCUACCCCCCCUUCUUUUUUUUCUCCUUCUUCUACGGACUUAAACUAAACAUAUCAACUUUUUAAAGCAACUUUUCAAAACUUUUCCACAACCAAAACCAGUCGUGGCACAAACUACCGCUCGUCGCAUUCAAGGAUCCUGCUCGGUCCUCCAUGAAAGAGGGAGUGAGGCAGCAAACUUGGGGAAACGAGAUGUCUGCGACCGUCUUGUCAGCUUUCUACGACAUGGACAUGCUUUAUAAGCAGGAUAAAAGCAUGAAUAUGAACGCCCUGCACAUCAACAGCAUGUUGGACAAGAAAGCGGUCGGAGCUCCGGUCACAUCCCCGGGCUCCGGCGGCUCCUUCACACCGGGAUUUUUCCGCAGAAACUCAACCAGCAACAUGGAAGCGAUGAACAACGGUAAUAAAUACUCCAUGGGCUCCUACAGCAGUCUGAAGGAGAACACGCAGAGCAGCAACAGCACCGCCACGGCCCUCAUGAACAAGGAAAACAAGUUCCGCGACCGCGCUUACAGUGAGAACGGAGACCGGGGUGUGCUGCAGCAGAAGCCCGGCUCUCAGAUCAACUCCACCCGCUACAAGACCGAGCUGUGUCGGCCCUUCGAGGAGAACGGGUCGUGCAAGUACGGGGAGAAAUGUCAGUUUGCUCACGGCUACCAUGAGUUGAGGAGCUUGUCCCGUCACCCUAAGUAUAAAACGGAGCCGUGCCGCACCUUCCAUACCAUUGGUUUCUGCCCUUACGGUCCCCGGUGUCACUUUAUCCAUAACGCAGAUGAGCGCCGGCCCGCUCCAGCCGCCAACGCUAACGUGCAGGCAGGAGAGGCCAGGUCUGCUCGUGAGCUGUGCGGCUACGGCCAGAGGGAUGUCUUGCCCCAGCAGCAGCUCGGCUACACCCCGAGGGACAGACCAAAGCUUCACCACAGCCUCAGCUUCUCUGGCUUCUCCACCCACCACGGACUCGAGUCCCCCCUGCUCGACAGUCCCACAUCCCGGACCCCACCGCCACCCACCAGCGGCUCCUCCUGCACCUCCGCCUCCAACUUCUACGAGGAGGUGCUGUCACCCAACUCGGUGUCCUGCAUCAACAGUGCCUUUGCUUUCCCCGGACAGGACUUAAAAGCCUUACUGGCUCCACUAGCCGUGCACACCCCCGGCGGCUACGCCAACAACCACUCCACCGGUGCCUACUAUGGGAACAUGCAGGGCGGCAUGUGCCCACCCUCCCCUCCGACCUACAACAUCAGCCACUUGCAGGCGCUGCGCCGCCUCAGCGAGUCUCCGGUGUUCGACCCUCCUCCCAGCCCACCAGACUCGCUCUCUGACCGGGACAGCUAUGCGAGCGGGUCCCUCAGCUCUACCGGGAGCCUCAGCGGCUCCGAGUCCCCGAGUCUGGACGCUGGAAGACGUUUGCCAAUCUUCAGCAGGCUGUCGAUUUCAGAUGACUAAUCAUGUUUUUUUGUUGUUUUUUUUCAUAUGGAUUAUGGAUGGGCCAUAGGGGGGGCUUGAGGAGUCAGAGAGGGUGUUAGAGUGAGUAAGGAUCCUUAUAGUGGAGGAUCCAUACUCAGCCCCCUCAACUCCACAGCCCUUCACCCUCUUUCAGCAGCAUCCACCCUGCUGAAGUGCCUUUGAGCAGCAAGACAUUGAAUCCCUACCAGCUCCAGGGGUGCUGACCCUGCUCUGACCUCCCUGGAGGGGGGCAAGAGAAGAGAAAUCACCCACAGGGAUCAAUAGAGCAUCACAGUUAAAAGUGUCCUUGACCUGGCAUUAGUUUAGUAUAUAUUUUUUUCUUUGUAUGUAAUAUAGUUGUAUUAAAUACUUAGAUAGCAAACAGAAGGCAUUCCAUCAGUGCCUUGCCCAAGGGCUCACGGCAGCCCCUCUCCCUUUUUGCUCUAUCAGGCAAGACACACUUUUCCUGGGAUAAGAUGUGUAACAUGAUGACUUGACAAGAAGAGACUGUAAGCGGUUUCAGAUUUCCUCCCAUCCUGCCAAGAAUAUGCCUUGAUUCAAAGUAACAAUUUUUUUUUUCUGUGUGUUAUAUAAAUAUAUAUAUAUUAUUUUUUUUGUUGUUUUCCUCUCUGAAAGCUUCAACUUCCAUUCCAGAUCUGUCUUCUCCCAGCGCCACCCAGUGGUUUGUUUGGUUAGUCUAGUUUGUUGCUUUGUUAAAAAGCACUCUUGAGUGGGGUUUGUUUGGGGAAAUCACUGCUGAUGGUUGAAUAUAUAUUUUUUUAGCUGUUUUUGAGUGAUUUACAUAGCAGUACUUAACUGUCUAUGAACUAUUUAACUUAUUUAUUAUGUUGUGAAAAAAGUAUAGGCUACAUUGGUAAUUUGUGUCCAUACUGUAUUUAUCAAGUAUGAUGAAGCAAUAGAUCUAUAUUCUUUUAUGUUUAAAUUAUGAUCGCCAAUAUUAAUCUGCAUAAAGUGUUCGUUCACAGUAAUAUAUAUAUUUUGUUUUUUUUCUCCUUUUUUUGUAACUUCACUUUGUUAUUUUUAUUGUAAAUGAGUAAAAAAAAUCUUAAUUUAAGAGAACAUAUGUGAUAUUUAUUUCUUUAAUUUUGUUUCCUUGUUUACGUUUUAUUAAAAAAAAAAGUUUGCGGGAUUGCUGUUUGCUCCUGAGGUUGUGUGUCAAUGCUGUAGAAGGCUUUUUUUUUUCUUUCUUUUUUUUGGAGGAUCCCUAUUUAGAUGUUUCUGUAGAAUGUAUAAACGAUGUGGUUGUACAGACCGUCCAAACCGUACUUUUUUUUUUCUUUUUUUUUGUUUUAUCUAGAUCAGACUUCAGUGACAAAGAACCCAAGUCAAUAAAUUAACCAAAAAAGUAUUUUUGUUUUCUCUCUGUUCGCACGAGGUCACACUGUGAUUCCAGCCACGUGCUAAAGAAUGUAGCAAUCCCUUGUGCCCCAGUAUUAUUGUGUAGUGCCUAUGGGGUUCACCAUCUUGACAUGCCUUAAAAUUAACCAAAUAAAGUAUUUUUCCUACAUGGCAUCUUUUAUACACCGGUUGAACUGAAUGUAGUGUUGGAUUCUUUUUUGUUUUGUUCUUUUUAAAGGUUGUUACCACUCAGACACUCUGACAAAAAACAACCAUAACCUUUCUAAGUCCCCAUUCCUCUUUUAUUAUUUUGAUUUCCUCUUUUGUUUUGUUUUUUGUUUUGAUAUUGAGAAUCUAGAGAGUUUGCUGGAGAGGGAAGUGGUUGAACACGUUUGGUUUGUACAUAGUAGGUACAGAGGGAUGCGCACUAUGUACUUUUGACUACUUAUCAGAAGUAAAGCUUUUUGAAUGUAACAAAAAACGGACAAAAAGACAACGAGAGUUGUUAAUUUUUUUUUGGGGGGGGGGGAGUCAGUUCACUACAAAUUUGAGUGUGAGACUGUUAACUUUGUACUGUACAUUUUUUGUAGUUCUCCCAAUAAAAAUCAUUUUUGAAAAAGC